AUGAUUAAUGAUAAUACACAAAAAAAUUCUCUAUUCAAUAUUGCAUUACGUCUAUUCUCAAUUACACCUCAUUCUGUGAUGCCUGAACGAUUGUUUUCUAUUCUAGAUUGGUAUCACACAAAACGUCGUAAUCGUCUUAAUUCAUUUACACUUGAAGCAAUUGCUAAAAUACAUACAUUUUACAAAAAUGGAUUGAACAGUACUGAAGAUGCCUUGGAUGCUGAUUAUUUGAAAGAAAUAUUAGAUUUAACUGAUGAAUCAUAUACAAGUUCGGGUAUUACUGAUGAAUCAAAUUAUUCUUCUACAGAUGCUGCUGAUUUCGUACUUUGUGUUAGUGAUAAUCAUCAUGUUUUAUGUACAAAAUGUGAAGCGGAACCUAUUAAUGAAGAACAAUCUUUUGACGAUGACGAUAUUUCAGAACUCGAUUGUAUGUUCAAUACUAAAGAUCGAGAUUAUCAACAAAUACUAAUGGAUCUUGGUUUUAUUGAAGAUAUUAAAUUACUAUCUACUGAAGAUGAUAGGUGA